AUGGCGACGCUAGCCCUGCGCUCCUCAUCACGCUUCGCACCGCGCGCGCUGGUGCGCGCCUACGCUACCGGCCCAGAACGGCCAAAACCGCGGAUGCCCGACCCGCUGGCGGACCCGGCGCACGCCAGCACGUCGGCGUUGCCCGACGGCGACCUCACAUUUAUUCACCGCCCGCCGCCCUCAAUACCCUCCGUGCACUCUUACACCACAAAUCCCGCGUCGCCAUUGCUGCGCCCUGCAUCGGACGCGCCGGCCGAUACACCUCUUCCACCAGCCUUGGACGACAUUCAGGCGCCCGGUGCACGCCUCACGGAUGCGCAAGUGCAGGAGAUGCGCAAGUUGAGGCAGUUGAACCCGGAGAAGUACACGCAGAGGAAGCUCGGGAGGAUGUUCGGCGUUAGCCCGAGCACCGUCGGAUUAAUUGCGACGCUCAAGCAGACCCAGCGGACCAAGGCGAGGAAGGAGUUUUUCGCCGAACACGAGAAGAUUAGGCAGAGUUGGGGCGAGAGGACAACAACUUGGCUCAUUGCGGGUGUCUAUCCUAUCAUACUACGGGCAAUGCUGGCCCUACCAUAA